AUGAAAAUCACAGCGCUCUACGUCUACCCCGUCAAGGCCCUCCGCGGCAUCAGUCUCGACGCCGCCGAGCUCGGCGGCCAGGGGUUGCGCCAUGACCGCACCUUUAUGCUCUGCCGCUUCGGUGCCGACCGUGCGCUGAUCCCGAUGCAAAUGUCCGAGCACGCCGACUGCGCCCUCUUCCACCAAGAGAUGGUCGACGGCCCCCGCGGCCGCACCGUCCGCGUCCGGUACGGCCGGCCGGCGGAGCCCGUGGCGCCGCACCACGAGCUCCAGGACGCGGUGCUCGAGUUCUCGGCGGAGCCCGAGACGGACGGCCUCGAGCGCGCCGAGGUGAACCUCCACCAGAGCCUCGUGCACGCGUACCGCGUGGGGAGCGAGUGCGACGACUGGUUCGCGGCGUGCUUCGGGUUCGAGGUGACGCUCCUGUACAUUGGCCGAGAGCGCCGUCCGGUCCUCGGAACGUUCUCCCCGCGCAACCCACCAGUGGCCGAGGAGGCGCCGCAAACGGGGGGCGGCUGGUUGCCGUACCUCUCCGGCUUCGUCCCCGGGCUGACGAAGCCGGCGGCGGUGCGGGAUGAGCCGGACUGGCUUACGUUUAGCGACAUGGCGCCGCUGCUGCUCACCACCGAGGCGUCGCUGCGCAACGUGCGCGCGCGCUUCGCGAGCGGCGACGAGCAGGCCGCUGUCGACAUGUGCAAGUUCCGACCCAACAUCGUGGUCGACGGCGGCGACGACGACGACGACGCGUGGGACGAGGACUUUUGGGCGGCGCUGUCGGUCAACGGCGCGCCGGCGCUGCUGCUCACCAAGCUCUGCAACCGCUGCACCUCGCUCAACGUCGACUACGCGACGGGUCGGUUUAGCGGCGGCCUCCUCAAGGCGCUGAUGCGCGACCGCCGCGUCGACGAGGGCUGGAGAUACGCGCCUGUCUUUGGCCGCUACGGCUUCCUGGACCACGGCGUGGCGGCGCCGCUGCGGGUGGCCGUCGGGGACGAGGUGGCGGUGACGAUGCGCGCCGAGGAGCGGCCGCGCUGGGACUGGCCGAUGCGGCCGAAGCCCGGGGUUGCCAGGUACUACCGCUAUGCUUGA